AUGGAUGAUAAUCUCAUUGGAGAUUAUGUUGUCUUGAUGGAUUAGAAAUUAGGUUAAGGUGCUUUUGGGGAAGCUUAUAAAUGUUAUAAAAGAGGUAAUAGUGAUGUGGAAUAUUGCAUAAAAAUAAUAAAGAAAUCCAUACCUGCUAAUCCCUAAAAAGAAGAAAAAUAAAAGAAAUAACUAUAAGCUGAAAUUCAUACAUUCAAAUAGUUAAAAGAUUAAGAUUGUGAGAAUUUAGUCAAAAUGAUAGACAUUAUUGAUUUAUCUUCUAGAUUAUGUAUUAUAAUGGAAUUAUGUGAAUAUGAUUUAGAGAAGGAACUUUUAUAAUUUAAAAAAGAUAACAAAUGGCCUUCAAGAUUAGAGAUUAUGGAUAUGAUGAAAUAAAUACUUAAAGGUGCUGAUGCUUUAAUUCGAAAUCAUAUUAUACAUAGAGAUAUCAAGCCCUAAAAUAUUCUAGUAUAAAUUGUUAACAAAGGAACUUCAAAUUAGAGGAAAAUUUAUAAAGUAGCAUUCUCUACUAUUCUCUUUAGAUAGCUGAUUUUGGUUUUACUAAAUACAUAGAAGAUAUAUACACUAAGGCUAAUUUAACUAGAGUUGGUACUCGUUCAUAUUGUGCACCUGAAAUUAUGAAAGGUAAGAAGUUUUCUUGUAAAUGUGAUAUUUAUUCUUAUGGAGUUGUUUUCCAUCAAAUUGUUUAUUUUAUGGAUUUUCCUAAAGAUUAUAAGACCGAAAUACAAUUAAAUUAGUAUUUUAAUUAAAUACAAAUUACUCCAUAUAAAUGUAAACCAUUAAAUGGUGAAUAUGGUAAUUUAAUUACUAAUUUAAUUGAAAAGAUGCUUAUAUAUGAUUAGGAUGAGAGAAUCUCAUUUGAAGAAUUACGUACUCAUGAAAUUGUGACAUUUACGAAAAGAUUAUAGGAUUCAAUCUUUUUACCUAUUUAAAGAACAUUUAAUUAAGAGGAUUAUAAAUAAGAAAUGAUAAAGAAUGAAGAAUAAAAAUUCUAAAGAUUAAAUUUAUUAAUAGAGAUAUUUUAUCGUAAAUUCUUACUUUGUAAGUACUUUGUUGAUUUUAUGAAAUAGAUCACAAAUAUGAAUAAUAUUGAAUACUUAAUUUUUUAAUUAAUUAUUUAAUUGAUUGGAUGUUAGUAAAUUCUUUAUGGAUUUGCAAUGAUAAAUUGUAUUAUAAGUGAUUUAGAACCAACUAUUGUAAAUGAUAAUGAUGUACCUUAACUUAUAGACCUUUUAAAUUAAUUUAUGAAAAAAUCACAGGAAAACAAUGACUAUAUGAAAUUAUAAAAGUAAUUAACAAAUGACUUUUAUUAAUCAAAGAUAACAUAUCAAUAAGACUUAAAUAAAUUAUAUUAACUUAGAGUUGAAAAAAAUUGGACAUAAAAUUAACCUUAAUUUUAAUUGUUAUAUAAAUCCAAAACCUAAAAAAUACCUAUUCAAAAUUGCUGUUUAGUAUUGUAAGAUUUGACUAAUAAUAGUAGAAAUAUCAAUGAUUUAGUCUCUAAAUGCGACAAGUAAUAAUCAAUAUUAUUUAUAAUAUUAGAAAAAUAUAAUAGUUUCUUUAAACAAUAAAACAAAUUGAUACACAAUUUGAUAUAGUAGAUUAUAGAAUUAUAAAUCCUGAUGAUAUUUUUAAAAUUUGA